CGCCCUGCUGUCCCAAAAUGCAGAUGGAAGCUGCAGAUGCAACUCACCCCAAGGAGGAGAAGGACAAGGGACACGCCAAAGAGGCCAAACCGGCGAAGGAAAAGAAGGAGAAGAAGGAGAAGAAAGAAAAGAGCAAGGAAAAGAAAGAGAAGGUCGGAGAGGCAACCGACACGGCCAAGCUGAGAGCGAAGCUAGAGAAGAUCGAUGUGAAAAUCGACGACCUGAAGGCGAAGAAACAAGAGAUUGUGGUUCGACUCCUCGAGCUCGAGGGUAAGGCAGCGGAGCCUGCAGCACCAGCGAGCGGCUGAGGUUUCAAGGGGUUGUUGCAUUGAGGAAAACAAAAUAAAUUUCAGACAUAUCCAUAAGUUAGUGCAAGAUUUCUGCGACUGUUACGUUAUUGUGCUUUGAUCUUUCUGGGGCUACAUAUUUGCAUCCAGCAUUGCAUGAUCGUCUAGAUUUUGUGCCCAUACUUGUAAAUGCAAUUCGUGUUUCUUUUUUUAUCUGAGUUCCAUUGUAAACUGUGGCAUGAGAUUUUGGUCUUGGACUCACGUUUCUUGAAAUGUGCUGUAUGUCUGCAUGUGUUCUUACAUCAAGUGAGGAGGGAACUCCUGAGA